AAGGGAAGAGAACGUGGCCACCUUCCGGGGCUCGGAGUACUUCUGCUACGAUCUCUCCCAGAACCCCAUCCAGAGCAGCAGCGACGAAAUCACGCUCUCCUUCAAGACGUGGCAACGUAAUGGCCUUAUCCUCCACACGGGCAAGUCAGCUGACUACGUCAACCUGGCACUGAAGGACGGAGCCGUGUCCCUCGUCAUCAACCUGGGCUCAGGAGCGUUUGAGGCCAUCGUGGAGCCAGUCAAUGGGAAGUUCAACGACAACUCGUGGCACGAUGUCAAAGUGACACGCAACCUGCGGCAGGUGACGAUAUCAGUGGACGGGAUCCUGACCACAACGGGUUACACCCAGGAGGAUUACACCAUGCUGGGCUCUGACGACUUCUUCUACGUGGGUGGAAGUCCCAGCACCGCUGACCUGCCCGGGUCUCCAGUCAGCAACAACUUCAUGGGCUGUCUCAAGGAGGUGGUGUAUAAGAACAAUGACAUCCGUCUGGAGUUGUCCCGCCUGGCUCGAAUCAUUGACCCAAAGAUGAAAAUCCAGGGCGAGGUGUCCUACAAGUGUGAGAACGUGGCCACCCUGGACCCCAUCUCCUUCGAGACGCCCGAGGCCUACAUCAGCCUCCCCAAGUGGAACACCAAGCGGAUGGGAUCCAUCUCGUUCGAUUUCCGCACCACCGAGCCAAACGGCCUCAUCCUCUUCACACAUGGAAAACCUCAGGAGCGCAAAGACGCCGCCCGCAGCCAGAAGAACACCAAGGUGGAUUUCUUUGCAGUGGAGCUUCUUGACGGCAGCUUGUACCUGCUGUUGGACAUGGGCUCAGGGACGAUCAAGGUGAAGGCCACACAGACCAAGGUCAACGAUGGAGCCUGGUACCAUGUGGACAUCCAGAGAGAUGGACGCUCAGGUACGAUCUCAGUCAACAGCAGAAGGACCCCGUUCACAGCCAGUGGUGAGAGUGAGAUCCUGGACCUGGAGGGCGACAUGUACCUGGGCGGACUCCCCACCGACCGCACCAACCUCAUCCUGCCCACAGAGCUCUGGACCGCCAUGCUCAACUACGGCUACGUGGGCUGUAUCCGUGACCUUUUCAUCGACGGUCGAAGCAAGGACAUCCGACAGAUCGCCGAGGCGCAAAACGGCGCCGGCAUCAAACCCUCGUGCAACAAGCAGCCUGGCAAGCAGUGUGAGAGCUACCCGUGCAAGAACCGAGGCGUCUGCAAAGAAGGAUGGAAUCGUUUCAUAUGUGACUGCACCGGCACUGGCUUCUGGUCACGCACCUGUGAGAGAGAAGCCUCCAUCCUCUCCUACGACGGCAGCAUGUACAUGAAGGUGGUGAUGCCCAACAUCAUGCACACCGAGGCGGAGGACGUCUCCCUGCGAUUCCGCUCCCAGCGGGCCUACGGCCUUCUCAUGGCCACUACCUCCCGAGACUCAGCCGACACGCUCCGGCUGGAGUUGGAUGGGAGUCGCGUCAAACUCACGGUCAACUUAGACUGUAUCAGGAUAAACUGUAACUCCAGCAAGGGACCGGAGACCCUGUAUGCCGGGCAAAAGCUCAAUGAUAAUGAAUGGCAUACAGUGCGUGUGGUGCGUCGCGGCAAAACCUACAAGCUAACGGUUGACGAUGAUGUAGCAGAAGGCCAAAUGGUGGGUGACCACACGCGCCUGGAGUUCCAUAACAUUGAAACGGGAAUCAUGACGGAGCGGCGAUUUGUUUCCAGCAUCCCGUCCAGCUUCAUCGGUCAUCUGCAGAGCCUCAGAUUUAACGGCAUGCUCUACAUCGACCUGUGCAAGAACGGCGACAUCGACUUCUGCGAGCUCAACGCCCGCUUUGGAGUUCGUUCCAUAAUCGCGGAUCCUGUCACCUUCAAAUCCAAGAGCAGCUACCUGAGCCUGGCCACCCUGCAGGCCUACACGUCCAUGCAUCUCUUCUUCCAGUUCAAGACCACCUCUCCGGACGGCUUCAUAAUCUUCAACUCUGGAGACGGAAAUGACUUUAUCGCUGUGGAACUGGUUAAAGGAUACAUCCACUACGUGUUCGACCUCGGAAAUGGACCAAACCUCAUCAAGGGCAAAAGUGAACGAGCACUGAACGACAACCAGUGGCACAACGUGGCCAUCACCCGAGACAACAGCAACACGCACACACUGAAAGUGGACGCCAUAGCAACGAGCCAGAGCAUCAACGGGGCCAAAAACCUCGACCUGAAAGGUGAUCUGUUCAUCGCCGGACUGGGACCGGGCAUGUACGGUAACCUGCCUAAGCUGGUGGCCUCCAGAGAGGGCUUCCAGGGCUGCUUGGCGUCGGUGGACCUCAACGGCCGUCUGCCGGAUCUCCUCAGUGACGCCUUGUUUCGCAGCGGCCAGAUCGAGCGUGGAUGCGAAGGUCCCAGCACCACCUGUCAGGAGGACUCCUGCGCCAACAUGGGAAUCUGCUUCCAGCAGUGGGAGAACUACACCUGUGACUGCUCCAUGACCUCCUACACAGGGACACAGUGCAAUGACCCUGGGACGACGUACAUCUUCGGUAAAGGAGGAGGCCUCAUCACAUUCAAGUGGCCGGCCAAUGAGAGACCGAGCACCAGGACGGACAGGCUGACCGUCGGCUUCAGCACCUCCCUGAAAGAAGGCAUCCUGGUCAGGAUCGACAGCGCGCCUGGUCUGGGGGAUUAUCUCAUGCUGCACAUACAACAAGGCAAAAUAGGAGUGACGUUCAACAUCGGCACAAUGGACAUCACUGUGCAGGAGGGCAGCACCCCAGUGAAUGAUGGGAAGUAUCACGUGGUCCGGUUCACCAGGAACGGUGGCAACGCUACGCUACAGGUGGACAACUGGUCCAUCAAUGAACACUUCCCGACAGGGAACAGCGACAUUGAACGCUAUCAAAUGGCCAAUAAGAAAAUUCCUUUCAAAUACGCCAGACCAGUAGAGGAGUGGCUACAAGAGAAAGGACGACAGCUUACAAUUUUCAACACCCAGGCAACAGUCGUAAUUGGAGGUAGUGAUCGCGGCCGGCCCUUUCAGGGUCAGCUGUCGGGCCUUUACUACAACGGCCUCAAGGUGUUGAACAUGGCUGCCGAGGGAAACCCCAACAUCAAGAUUAACGGCAGUGUGAGGUUGGUAGGUGACGUGCCCACUGGAGGAGGCUCAGCCAGGUCUACAGCCAUGUCUCCAGAGAUGUCCACUACCUUUAUAGAGACGACUACCAUGAUGUCCACCACAACCACACGGAAACACAGGUCAUCCUCAACUGUACAGCAUUCGGUGGAUGAAAUCGUGUCGUCUGCAGAGUGUUCGAGUGAUGAUGAAGACCUGGAGGAGUGUGAAACGAGCCAUGCAGGUGGGCUAGCACUCCCCACAGAGCCGGGCGUCAGGCGAGUCCCAGGGCCCUCGGAAGUGGUCCGUGAAUCUAGCAGCACCACCGGGAUGGUCAUCGGAAUAGUGGCGGCCGCUGCCCUGUGCAUCCUCAUCCUCCUGUAUGCCAUGUAUAAGUACAGGAACAGGGAUGAAGGCUCCUACCAGGUGGACGAAAGCAGGAACUACAUAACCAACUCAGCCGUGCAGAGCAAUGGCGCAGUCAUGAAGGACAAACAGCAGAACUUGAAAGGCAGCAACAAGAAACAGAAAAAUAAGGAUAAGGAGUAUUACGUGUGACUGUGAGACUUUCAUGAAGAAAGCGCUAAAGAGAACACUUACUUAUCACUUUCCUUGUGAGGAGCUAUGACAAAUGAUGGUAUUACGUGGAACUUGAAUAAUCCUAUACUGUGCUGAGUAGUUGAACUGAUGAUAUGUACUGUAAUAUAAAGCACACUUACUAUUGUAAGCAUAAAGAGAAGGCUAAAUAGCAACUUUAGAGACCUUACUCUUCUAUCUGGUCAGAGACGUUAUCAGUAUAGAAAAUAUUUCACAGCUACAUCAUCUCCUAAGUGACUUUUAGAGCUAUGUGAUCCUUGGCAUCAAACGAAAAACUUUUUUGUAAAAUUGUUAAUUACAAAAGGCUCAUAAUCUUCUACAUUUUCAGCAUGUAAGCAACAUGUAGUGCUUAACAAGAGGGGGUCAGGCACACCAUCAUUGUAAAACUAAAAAAAGGACUCUUGUUGUAUCCGAAUAUGACACAUUUUUAUGGUUUAUACAUAAUACAAGUGUGGUGUCUAACUUUUUUUUUUGCUUAAAGCAAAACUGAAAAAACUGAAAAAAAGAACAGCAAGUAAAGAAAACUAUAUCUGUGUAUAAAAUGAUACCAAGUCAGCAGAAAAAUUGCUGUGGGGCAGAUCUCACAGAAUCUGUCCUCUCUGGAGUCUGAUUCACCACAACUACUGUCAUCGUCGGAAGGAUAGAGGGACUCACUUUGUGGAAACAAGUUGCCGUUUCUCUUGGUUAAAGAGCGACUGAUUGUAAGAUGCAUGCCAUCCUGAUUCUGCAGUAAAGUACGGUACUGUAAAAGUCCAGUAUGCAUUGUUCAACUGGGACCAUUUAAUGCCAAACAGUUCGUCAUCUUCAGAUCAGAACUUAGCCCCCCCCCCCCCCCUCCCCCCCCCCCCUCUGGGUUGAACCCCUCAAAAAAGUUAACUAUGGAAAAAAACAAAUCUCUUUAAGAAAUGGUCUAUUAUUGAUGCACAGCCAGUUGUGGUUUUAUCUUUUUUGAAAAACUGUAUGUUGGUUCAUUGCCUCUCGUUCUCUUUUCUAUGAAGGUGUCAGGAGGAGGACAAAUGCAGUACUACAACACUGUUAACAAAUGUGUACACGGAAAUAAAUCAAAUGUUGAAAGUGUGAAUUCUAUCUGCUGUCACAGUCAACUGUGUCAAAAAAACAACAAAUUUGUUUACAUAUUUUAUUACAUGCUAGCUGUUGUACUUUGUAGGUAGGAAAUUGUACAUAUACCAUGACAGUUGUAAUUUUUAGUACCUCUAUUGUACAGACUGAACAUAUGGUUUAUCAGCGUAUUUCAUGACAGAAAUCUAUUAACUGUUAAUUUACAUGGAGAAAAACUUUAAUCAGAAUGUGGAGAAUCAUAUUGAUAUUUCAUAAAGAAUAAAGAUGUAUUGUUAGCCUAGAGAUCUAACCAGAGAUGUUUCUAAAGUUGCAUGAAUAUUUAACUACUUGCAGUUGUCCAGCAAAUACAAGGUGCCCUUCUUUCUGUAUCAUGGCUUUUGUGUUCUGGGUUACACAAGUGUCA